AUGCUCACGGACCGCGGGGAGAAAACGAAAGAGGGGAACGGAGCGCUCGGCGAGCAAGUCAGGCGCACGCGCUUCGCGGACGGCGUGGUCAUUGACAGGUUCUCGGGCGAGUCCUGGCAUCUCGAGGCCGGGUGGGCGGCGGAGAUGCGCGCACACCAGGAGGCGGACCGCGCGGCUAUUUCCCUCGAAGAUCUCAAGAUUAUCGAGGCGCAAGACGCCGCCAUGGCCGCCCUCCCGCCCGAGCAGUAUAACCUGCUCACGAGGCGCAUGAUGGCUGCUUCGCCCGGGGCGGGCGUGAGCGACAUACUGGUCGAGUUUGGGAUUCCGGUGGUCCCGAAACACGAGGACGAGACACCGGAACUCUUCAUCGGCAUGGUCAUCUCUCAGGAAGCGCAGGAGUGA